AUGUUGCCUCAAAGCUCAACUUUUUUGCUUCUCACUUCGUUGCUAGCAGUGCUGCCUGUUAACGCGGAUGGUAUCUACACAAACAAGUCGCCGGUGCUCCAAGUGAAUCAGAAAACGUAUGGCUCGCUUAUCGCAAACUCAAACCAUACUUCAAUCGUCGAAUUCUAUGCUCCCUGGUGCGGCCACUGCAAGAACCUCAAACCUGCCUACGAAAAAGCUGCCCAGAAUCUGAACGGAUUGGCCAAGGUUGCCGCAGUCAAUUGCGAUGAAGACGAGAACAAACCCUUCUGUGGACAGAUGGGAGUUCAAGGCUUUCCAACCUUGAAGAUCGUGACUCCUUCGAAAAAAGCCGGACGCCCUCAUGUUCAAGACUACCAGGGACCACGAACUGCAAAGGGUAUCGUCGAUGCUGUGGUGAACAAUAUUCCCAACCAUGUGAAGAAAGCUACGGAUAAGGACUUAGACAACUGGCUGGCACAGAACGAGGAACGACCGAAGGCUAUCCUGUUCACUGAGAAGGGAACCACCAGUACGCUUAUUCGCGCAUUGGCGAUCGACUUCUUGGAUGCAAUUGACAUUGCGCAAGUGCGCAACAAGGAGUCUUCAGCUGUGGAGAAGUUCGGUAUCGAGGAAUUCCCCACGCUGGUCGUGAUUCCUAGUGGUGACUCUGAGCACAAGGUGUACGAUGGCGAGCUGAAGAAACAACCUAUCCUGGAAUUCCUUAGCGAAUUCGCUGAACCAAACCCAGACGCCACUGGAAAAGCCGCACCGGCGACUAAGCCCAAGGCUAAGCCAAAGUCCAAGCCGGCCUCUAAGCCACCUUCUGAUAAUGAUAAUGGAGACAACGAUACACCCACCGAAACACCUGAAACUAAACCCACUCCCCCUCCUGCGCCUCAAGUUCCUACCCUGGCUACUCCGGAAGCCCUUGGGUCUGCUUGCCUAGCAGUCAAGUCCAAUACCUGUGUUCUGGCCCUUCUCCCUGCAACCAGUGACUCUGAAUCAGAGCUUCCAGCACCAGCCACUGAAGCCUUGUCCAGUCUCGCUGAGAUUGCGCACAAGCAUGCUCUCCGUGGUGUGAAACUUUUCCCUGUCUAUGCCAUUCCUGACAUCAACACCGCCUCAGAAAACCUGCGAAGCGUGUUGAGUCUGGAAGAUAGCCAGACUGUGGAGAUAAUUGCCGUGAACGCCCGCCGUGGCUGGUGGCGCCGAUUCAACGGAGAAGAGUUUGGUCUUACCUCCGUCGAGUCUUGGAUUGAUGCAAUCCGGCUCGGUGAAGGCUCUAAGGAGAAACUACCUGAUGGUCUGGUCGCUGAGGCUGAGCCCAAGACUGAGACUCCUACCGAGGAGGCCGAGCAUGACGAGCUGUAA